UAUGUCUGCAUGUUUGAGAGUCUCGAGUUCUGUAGCUGUUUGAGUAAUCGCGGUAUUAGGGUAUCAGUGGUGUGGUACCUGUUGCGAAGUGUUUCGAACAUUUGAAAGAAGUUAUGAAGAUUGCUGUUGAAGGUUGUGCGCACGGCGAACUUGACAAAAUUUAUGAAACUAUAAAAGGCUUAGAAAGCCAGUACCAGUUCACAGUAGACUUGCUCAUCAUCUGUGGCGACUUUCAGGCAGUUCGAAAUGCUUCUGAUAUGGACUGCAUGGCGGUUCCUAGAAAAUAUCAAGAGAUGAAAGAUUUCCAUAAGUACUACUCGGGGGAGAGGAAAGCGCCACUUUUGACCAUCGUAAUUGGUGGAAACCAUGAAGCUUCCAACUAUCUGGCUGAGCUGGCAUACGGUGGUUGGCUUUGCGAAAACAUCUAUUAUAUGGGUUAUGCAAGUGUUGUCAAUGUCAAUGGCAUAAGGAUAGCUGGCAUCUCGGGAAUAUACAAGGGCCACGACUACCUGAAAGGUCACUUUGAGGUCCCACCAUACAACGAUUCCACGAAACGAAGUGCCUACCAUUUGCGAAACCUUGAGAUCUUCAGAUUGAAACAGCUGGCGGAGCCCGUUGACAUAGUGAUUUCACAUGACUGGCCACGUGGAAUUUACAACUAUGGAAACAAGGCAAGGUUGUUGCAGCAAAAGAAGUUCUUUGCUGCAGAAGUUGAGAGCAACAGCUUAGGCUGUCGUCCAACUGAGGGCUUGCUAGAACAGCUGAAGCCAAAGUACUGGUUUGCUGCACAUCUUCAUUGCAAGUUUGCUGCAGUGGUCAGUCAUGAGGAUGGAACAUGUACGAAGUUCUUGGCACUGGACAAAUGUUUGCCCAAGCGAGACUUCCUUCAAACUUUAGACAUACCAACAUCAACUGACGAGCCUCCAAGGCUUAGCUAUGACUUAGAGUGGCUGUGUGUACUACAGUUAACUGACAAUUUACUCAGAAUUGAUUCAAAAAAUCACUACAUGCCCGGGCCAGGAUGUGAUCAACGGUGGCAGUUCACGCCUACAAAGGAAGAGAAAGAAAAACUUGCAGUGACCUGUGGCAGUGAUUUGCUGGUGCCUCUUAAUUUUCAGCAUACUGCUCCUGUGUACAUGCCAGGAUCUGAACGUAACCCUGGCCGAGUGAAGCCCCAUAUCAAUCCCCAGACCGAGAGCUUUUGCAAGCGAUUUGGACUUCGAGAUCCACUAGCCGAAGCUCUUGAUCCUCGGCAGCAAUCAUCGCCACUGGAUAUUUCAGGCUUUUUGGGAACUGAAGAUGUAACCAAUACUACCAUGUCAUCACUCAAUGAAUCUGAAAACUUAGGCCAGCAUCAAAGCCUAGAAACAGAUUUAGAUGAUGAGCCAGUGCCUUUACAUGAGAUGAGUGCUGAAGAAAGGCAGAAGGUGCAUACAUUAGAAUUUGGAAGCCUAGUUUGCACAGCAGAAGACAAGAAAGAGCUCUUUCCAGAGCUAAUAGAAAAGGCUGAAGACAUAACACCAAAGUCUGCACCAUCCUCUUCUGGCAGAGUAAUGAAAAGAAGAAACCAGUCUAUGUAUGCAGAAAGUGAAGAAACGGACAUUUGAACAGCUUUCAUUUUUGUCAUUAAAUGAACAACCACCUUAGAACAAAUCAAGGUCAUUGUAGAGAGCAGCUUC